UGUCGCAACGUAUUUGGAUUCGUCACCUGAACCGAUAGUUUCCUCCUGGCUGUAUUUCACGCACUUACGUUUAAAUAUGGACUAUAAUGCUGACGAGUGUCUUAUUUCGUCUUACCGAAUGGGGUAGGCCUUCGUUUUAAUGUGGUUCCGUAGCGCUUUGGCGAAUUUUUCAUAGUUCAAAAUGGUAGUCUUCGUAAAUAACAUUUGACUACACUGUUUUCGUAAUAUCCGUACAUCAUUACAGUACUCUGCUUUUGCUUUGAAUCAUAAAUAAGUACAUGAUUCUGAAUGUUUCGCAACAUCAGUCCAAGGCGACUCAACGGCACCGGCCGAAGGAGAGAAACCGGAUGCAAAUUGAUAAAUUCUAAUGAAAAUGGGAUAGUGUAAAUUCAUUAGAAAAACGUUGGGUUAGGAAUGCUGCAAUAUUAUGUAACCGUUGAUACUGACAAGUUGAUUCGCGUCGUUGCUCAAUAUGUAUCACGCGACGCCUCUUUGUUUUAAUUUGAAAUGCCCACGCGGAAAUAGCGCCCGCUUCAGCCAUAAUCGACGCUGUCAGGAAGUGGGAUGUGGCCAGAUUGUAUUUAUGCUGCUGUUCAAGAUAUGAAAAUCAUUGAAUCAGCGCGCCUCGGGAGGUCUGCUUCACCGCAGGUCACAGCGGGGAUAACAGUGUCGCCCUCGGUCAAACAACUUGCCACCGGGAGUCCAAAUCGGCCAACGGAGCCGCCGUGUCUUUGCUUUCGUCUGGAUUGGACCACUUGCCUAAAGACUAAACAACCUCACGCCCAAACACUUUAUUGCAACUGCAUCCAGGGCGUUGGUUACGUAAUAAGUAUGUGAAGCCAUAUAGUGACUUUUUAAUUAUUGAUAUAUUUUUGGAGGCGGUUUGGCUCCAACUGGGCCUCGUCGUUCGUUUUACAAAUGUCAGCAAGUCACCAUCAUCAAGUGAUGAUGGAGUCCUCCUUAGCGCUCGGUAGACUGGAGCUGACUUCCGCCGUCGGUGUUAACAUGACCCCGUGCAUCUCUCCCGGCGCCUCCACUAAAGAGAUGAGCGGUCCCCGGCAAAUCGGAACGCAAGGACCGGCUCACCUAAAUGGAUGUGUGCCGCUGUCACAUCAGGUCGCGGGUCACAAGUAUGGAGUGGAUAAAGUGGGAAUUCUGCAACAUCCAGAUGGAACAGUCCUGAAGCAACUCCAACCUCCACCUAGAGGACCAAGAGAGAUGCAGUUUUAUAGCAUGGUAUAUGCAGAGGACUGUUGCGACCCAUGCCUUCUUGAACUCCAGAACCAUCUUCCAAAAUAUUAUGGCACUUUGUCCUCUCCCGAUGCACCUAAUGACCUAUACAUGAAGCUGGAGGAUGUGACCCGCCGCUUUGUCAAGCCGUGCAUCAUGGACGUGAAGCUUGGCCAACGAAGCUACGAUCCGUACGCCUCGCAAGAGAAAAGGGAGCAACAGAUUAGGAAGUACCCACUCAUGGAGGAGAUAGGCUUCCUGGUCCUCGGCAUGAGGGUUUACAAGCUCUGCAAUGACACUGUUGACACAUUUGACCAGCACUAUGGAAGAGGACUGUUGAAGGACACCAUUAAAGAUGGCUUGGCGAAAUUCUUUCACAAUGGCGUUUGUCUGAGGAAGGACGCUGUUAUGGCCAGCAUUUGCCGAGUGCAGAAUAUCCUCCGCUGGUUCGAGUCUCAGCGUCAACUAGUCUUCUACGCCAGCUCCCUUCUCUUUGUCUACGAGGGCCUCCCGUCCUCGUCCGUGUCCAGCGCCUUCCCCCUCACCGGCCCGGCAGCCACAGGCAAAGAUUGGAACGAGGUGGACGAAAGGAGACGUGAAGUAGGCGAAAAGAACGAAAAGAUGGCAGAGUACAACAACAACAACAUCGAAAACGAUCGCACCCUAGAAUCCAUUUACAGCAAUCGCAGGAAAGCUAGCCUCCAUCUUUGUGCCAAGACUCAACUCCAAGGCGGCGGAGGAGACGACGCCACUUUGGGAACGACGGUAGACAAAUCGCCGCCGCGAGAUAACUCCUCGUGGUUGUCUCAGCAAGCGCCGAACGGAAAUAGAAACAAAUCCCAACUUGAAGAGGAGACGCGAGAGCAGGAGAACAGCGUGGGCAGAGACGAGGAUAUUGCGCGAGGCGAUGAGGCGACGGCGUUGAGCGAAGGGAACGCACAAGUGGAGGUCAAGAUGAUCGACUUCGCUCACGUUUUCCCCAGCGACGGCCACGAUCACGGCUACAUUUAUGGCCUCAAGCACCUGCUGACCGUGUUGAAGCAAAUACUCUCGGACGAGGCUUAGGUUCAAAACCGCCGUCAUCUCACCCGGUCGUCGUUUUUUCCAGCGGAAUCGAUCCCUCGAAGGCAUUAGGACCCUCCGCUUCCGUCGUCGGGUACGCUCGCAUUACACAACCCUACUUUGCCUGUAAGUCCAUUUGAAAUGCACUGGAUUUGACAAGUCUAUUUUUAUAUCGAGGCCACUAAAAACCUGUUAGAUUUGUGUUGUAUAUAAGAACAUCUCAAAUCCUGAGUGAGCCAGAGAUUUUUCUGUAUUGUUUAUACCAUAGUAACUAUUUGAUACUAUUUAUAGCAGUUUUAAAUUGUGUGGAUGCUGAGAGACGAGCUUUUACUGCCAUUAAAAUAUAACUAAUAUUUUUUUUAACCAUGCACGAUCAACAAAACUACCUUCAAAAAAAUCAUGGGUUCCAAAAUGCUUUUCUGACAAGAAUUUACGUACAUGGGAAAUGCUAAAGUGUCACCUAAACACACAAAUGUAAUACUUUAUUUAAUGAUGUGCUACUUUUGUUUACUUGCGAUUUAUACAUUCCAUUUAAACAUGAAAGGGCCAAUUCGUCAUAAACAAAACGCUUUAUAGAAUAGAAACGUACAUUAUUGUGUGUUAUUAACCAACAUUAUUUGUUUUCUCUUUUAGCAGCUUGACGUCUCUCAGCAUUCACAGUCAGAUUUUGAGGGAAAUUCUAUUUUUUUAAUCAAUGAAAUGUCCCGAAGCUUAAUCUCUUCCCAAAUUCUAUUUCUGCAUCACCGAAUUUAUGUCGUAUGAUGAUUAGUGUUGCAACAAUACCGUACCGAUACCAAUCUUUCUGAAAAAAUAUUCAGAUUUUUUUUCCCCGGACUCUUAAGACGCUACUUUUUCCCCCCUUAUUUUGAAUUCUGCAGCUUUUUUAUUGAUUUAUUUGGGUUAAAAUAGGCAACACUUUAUUUGACAGCGGCGUCAUAACACUGCCGUAAGACCGUUAUACCGUAAUUUUCCACUAUAAGGCGCACCUGACUUUAAACCGCCACCCACAAAAUGUGACACGAAAAAAGCAUUGUUCACAGAUAAGCCGCACCGGAGUAUAAGCCGCAGCUGUCUUCACUGUAUUAUGGCAUGUUUACACCAAAAUAUAUUGACUGGGAACACCUCAUUCGACAGUGGCACCCCCAUGAAGCUUUGAACCAAUUGGCUUCAUUGCUUAAAGAAGCUUCAUUUGGCCGUCACUGCUCCCUUGGUGGCGACAAUCAACCUCUUCUCCUGCUGUCAACACUGUUGUGGUCCAACAUGCCUCCUAGCAUGCAUUGCAGUGCUACAGAUGUAAAUAACGAUCCAAAUUCAUGUUCUGUGCUACUUAUUUGUUCAGUUACUGUCCCACUUGUUUCAUUAAUUGCUUGUUAUGGUAUUUGGUAACUUUAUUUGACAGCGGCGUCAUAAGACUGUCAUAAGACGGUCAUAAUUGUUACAUGGCACUAUCCUGGGCAUUACUGAAUGCUUAACCCGUUGAUGAAUAAAUAAUUAGCAAAGAACAUGAAUUUUGAAUUUUCACUGUUAUUUGCAUCUGUAGUGCUGCAAUGCAUGCUAGGAGGGAUGUGUUGCCUAUUAAUCCAAAUCAACAAAUAAGCCGCGCUGGACUAUAAGCCGCAGGAUUCAACAUGAAGGAAAAAAGUACCGGCUUAUAGUCCAAAAAUUACGGUAAUUAUGGCAUGACACUAUCAUGAGCAAUAAUGAAUGCUUAUGACCAUCCGGCAAAUUAUGUCACUAAUUUAGGGCCAGCUUAGAUCCUUUACAUCCAUUCAAAAGUGAGAUAAUUUGCCAAAUGACACAAAAUGACACCGGUUAUAAGCAUUCAGUAAUGCUCCUGGCAGUCUCAUAAUUAUGAUGGUCUUAUAGCGCCACUGUCGAAUAAAGUGUUACCAAAGACCAUAACAAGCAAUUAAUGAAACAACUGGAAGAGUAACUGAAGAAGUAUUUGGCACAGAACAUAAAUUUUGAUUGUUAUUGACCUCUGUGGCGCUGCAAUGCAUGCUAGGAGGCAUGUUGGAUGACAACAGUGUUGAAAGAAGUUGGCUGAAAAGGUUGACUGUCUCAGGAAUGCUACGAGUUACAUUGAGAGUGUAAGGAUCACUCAAUAAACACCUUAAACAAGGCUCCAGACUAACAUUUUUUAACUAGGAGCACACCAUGCUAAAGCAAAUGCUACGCUAACACUACUAGUUACAUUUAGGUUUUAAGGAUCACUCAAUAAACACCUUAAACAUGGCUCCAAGCUAACAUUUUUUACUAGGAGCACGCUAAAGCUGAUGCUAAUGCUAUGCUAACGCUAUGAGUUACAUGUAGAGUGUAAGGAUCACUCAGUAAACCUUAAAAGCUAAAGCAACAUUCCAUCUUCUCUUAUGCCAGAUAAGAAAAAAAUCUUUGAAUAUAUUUUCAAAACAGGCAGGCCUGAACUCCCUGUUGCAUCCUGCUUUCAAGCUGCUGCAGGGUCCUUCCGGAGUCUUACCGUCAGUCAGCGGCGGCUACAGUUGCCCACACAGAUGCCUGUUCAAAAUCCUUUUAUUGUUGGCUUAUUUUUUUUUCUUUAAUCGGCUGAUGUUGAACAAAAAAAGUCAUACAUCAAUUGACCUGAAGUUGUUACCGCUUGACAUAGACAGUUAUCCCCCAUUUAAAGUACUGACUCAUACGUGGAGAAUUCAUUCAUUUUCCAUGUAUGAAUGCUAAGUGAGCAUUGACCGGCUGCCAUCUUGGGGAGGGUGACCAGCAGUUGCAAACUAAAUCUCAAAGAGUACAUAUUGAGCAGCAUCGGCACAUUAUUUCUUAGUACUCACUGGUACUGACGCCUAUAUUUUAGCACCGAAUCGGGGCCCCUUCCGAAACUUAUCGGUAUUGGUGCAACACUAAUGAUGAUGACCUUCCAACUUGAUCUCAUUAUCGCCAUCAGAUAACAUUGGAUAAGUUGCAAAUAGCUAGCAUGGCCUGUUGGUGUGUUAAGAUUUGAAACCUAUGAAUACCAGAAAGUAUAUUAGCCCUGAAUACCAUGACUAUUUUAACUGGAUGUCCAUCAUUUAUAUUUUUUGGUGCAUUUUCAACUGUUCUUUGAGCGACCAUCAACUGGAAUUGGGCUGCUUGAAUCCCCACAAUGAUUUUAAAAUGCAACGUUUUCGAGCUAAACAAGACACUAUGCUGCCAUAGCAUGAAUGGACGUUCUUAAAAGGGAAGUUCAGAAUUUUUGACAUUGAGCUUAAUUUUAGAGUUAGCGGGGGUUUAAUUAUUAUGGGUUUCAAGAAAUUCUGUGCAGUUUGUUAGUUUCAGGGCUUCAGAGUGGCUAAGCUUAGACUUCACUAUCAGUUGACGGGACACUGAGCUCGAAGCCGAUCGGUCGGGGGCCUAUUUUCAAAAACGUAAAAUUCUAAUGUUUUCUAAACCAAAGCCGCUAGCGCCCUAAAACCAAAGCAGGCACCUCCCUUCGGCAUAUACGAGUCUCCAUAUGCAUCGGCAUCAAAAAUUUUUAAAGUCGUUGCAUAAUAAAAUCCUGAUAAUUUUUUUAUAUAAGUAUUACAAAACUUAAAAUGGCUAUAAAAUUCUCAGAUUUUACAAUAGAUGCACAAAACCCACCAAAUGUAGAGACCUAUAUUUUCAGGAUCAAUAGAAAUAUUUAACAUAUAUAAGUUUUUGCCAGAAAUAGCAACCUAAAUGCAAUGUGUAGCGAUACAAAAUCCAACAUGGCGGCCGCCACAAAACAAAGAGCUUUUUAAGUUGAAAAUUGUUGUAAAUAAAUGCUUAAAUUGCGGAAUUUCUAUAGAUCCUAAAAUUUAUUCUGCAACGCAUUAAAUGUUGCUAAUCCGAUUACUUGAUAAUUCGAACUAACUAGUUAAUAGAUUAAUCGACUACUAAAAUAAUCCAUAGCUGCAGCCCUAGUGCAUAUGUUGUUUUUUAUUGGCAUGCUAGCAGACCCAAUGACUUGACUUGCGCUAACUUAGCCACUGCGGAGUCCUGAAACUAACAAACUGCACGGAAUUUGUUGAAACCAACUAAUUAAACUUCCACUAACUCAAAGGGAAAGCCCAAUACGACUACUAAAAUAAUCCAUAGCUGCAGCCCUCGUGCAUAUGUUGUUUUUUAUUGCCAUGCUAGCAAACCCCAUUGACUCACGCUAGCUUAGCCACUGCGGAGCCCUGAAAUUAACAGACUGCACAGAAUUUGUUGAAACCAACUAAUUAAACCUCCACUAACUUGAUAAUUUUGACAGGCCUAGUAUAUUUAGCUGUUUUUUGUGGGAAUAUGUGCUAGAACAAUUUAUUAAGAGCAUUGUCAAAAAAUGUUAGCAUUUUAUAGCAUUUAAGCUAGCAGACUUUUGCCUGGCAAGUUAACCAAUUGUUCUGUGGUUGUACUUUGAUCCUCAUUCAUUUAUUUAUUUUUAUACUGUUUAAGGCGAAGCUCGGGUAUUUUAAUUUAUUGGGGGAAAAAAACUUUUAUUCGCAUUUAAUGCUCUUUUAAAAGUGCUUCUUAGCAAGCCUUUGUUUUACACCUCCUAAAAUUCUGCAACGUAUUACUUGUUGCUAAUCCGAUUACUUGAUUAUUCGAACUAACUAGUUAAUAGAUUAAUCGACUACUAAAAUAAUCCAUAGCUGCAGGCCUAGUGCAUAUGUUGUUUUUUAUUGGCAUGCUAGCAAACCCCAUUGACUCACGCUAGCUUAGCCACUGCACAGAAUUUGUUGAAACCAACUAAUUAAACCUCUACUAACUCGAUAAUUUUGACAGCCCCAGUAUAUUUACCUGUUUUUUUGUGGGAAUAUGUGUUCGAACAAUUUAUUAAGAGCAUUGUCAAAAAAUGUUAGCAUUUUAGAGCAUUUAAGCUAGCGGACUUUUGCUUGGCAAGUUAGCCUAUUGUUCUGUGGUUGUACUUUGAUCCUCAUUCAUUUAUUUUUAUACUGUUUAAGGCAAAGCUCGGGUAUUUUAAUUUAUCGGGGGGGGGGGGGGGACUUAUUCGCAUUUAAUGCUCUUUUAAAAGUUCUUCUUAGCAAGCCUUUGUUUUACAACUCCUAAAAUGUAUUCUGCAACGCAUUAAAUGUUGCUAAUCCAAUUACUUGAUGAUUCGAACUAACUAGUUAAUAGAUUAAUCGACUACUAAAAUAAUCCAUAGCUGCAGCCCUAGUGCAUAUGUUGUUUUUUAUUAGCAUGCUAGCAAACCCCAUUGACUUGAUUCGCGCUAGCUUAGCCACUGCAGAGCCCUGACACUAAAAAACUGCACGGAAUUUGUUGAAACCAACUAAUUAAACUUCCUCUAACUCGAAGAUAAAGCCCAAUAUGACUACUAAAAUAAUCCAUAGCUGCAGCCCUAUUGCAUAUGUUGUUUUUUUAUUGGCAUGCUAGCAAACCCCAUUGACUCACGCUAGCUCAUUAAACCUCCACUAGCUCGAAGAUAAAGCCCAAUGUCAAAAAAAUCUGAACUUCUCUUUUAAAGAUAACCUUGGCUGUCACUUUGUUGUUGUUGUUGUUUUGUUUUUUGUCGAAUUCAGUGUCAACGGGGAACUAACUCAGGUAAUGACCACCAUGAAUACAUACUGUAGUUAACAUGAUUUUAUUUUGCUUUCUGCUAGAUUAUUCUUGCGCUGUUGUUGUAAACCAGGGGUGUCCAAACUUUUUCCAACGGAUGCAACUUGAAAUCUUUCCACUUUCAUUUGUUAAGCAGAGGAUUGGAAUUGGAUUAAAAGAAAAAUUUGGAAAGCUUGUGCGGGCCAUAUUCAGAGAAAUUUUCAGCAUUCCAAUGAAAACUGGGCCGUAGUCUGACACUCCUUGACGCUCAAUGUUUCGUCUCACGUCGUCCAUUGAUGACCACCUUCAGUCGGAGUCCUUGUUUUGCUUCUGAUAUCCGAUACCACGUCAUUUAUGACAAGUUUUUUGUCGUAAAGUGGUGCAGUUAUGGCAGUGAGUGAUAAAAUUGCAAUUUAUAUGGUCAAGAUUGUAUUAAAGAAAGUGUUGCUUGAUGAAAUGAUGAAUGGAGAAAGACAGCAAUGGAAUGGCCUUUUGUUCUAUUUUAUUUUAAAGGGGCAUUGUAUGGAUGGUUAAAAAAGGAGUUAUUUUAAUUUUUUUCUGUACCGUUUGACUAAUAUUUUUUUAAUUCCUGGGCUGAUUUGUGAACUGACAACUGCAAAUAUUCUACAUGCGUUAGAUGAUAACCCAAAGCAACUUGAAUCAAGACCAAACUAGCGUAUUAUCUUGAGAUUAAAGCUGUCGCAAAGCAGCGAGUUCAUGUCUAAACACCUCUUUUCAACUUUGCUGGUCGUUUCAUGUCAAUCCUCUCAACAACAGUAUGUUUAUUUUUUUAUGGAAACGAGGGUGUUCAUUGUGCUUUUUUAAAAAAUGGCUGCUUCCAUCAUAACUGGCUCCUUAUGUCUUGACUUGCAAGCUGCUUUAAUCGUGUGCGUGAGAUCGACUGCAUCACUUUGAUUUAAACGCCUUUUUAUGUCAUUGGAAAAUGUGAAUACAUUUUUUAUUCAUGUGUAAUUUAACAUUGCAAUUUUAAUGAUUCUAAAUGCAAAAAAAAAAAAAAAUCUAAUCAAAUUGUUGGAGUCUUAACUCAAGUUUACACUUUUUUUUUUUUUUCCUGUAACUGCCUUAUGUUAAUAUCAAUGACUUCAUUUUGUCUCGGUGUCGAAUGGUUGGUUUAUUCCGGCAGCUUUAUCGGUCUGUGUUCAUUUUGCUCACGAGCUAACAAAUGUCAUAUAUCAUUUAUGCAGGGAAGCAUUAAUAAAUGAAUUUAUUUGAUGAGUUAUACAACCUGUAACUGGUAUGUUAUGUCUAACCAUCUGGCCAUGAUAUAUGAAGUCAGUAUUUUUAGUAGGGUUGCUCCGAUCAUGUUUUUUUGCUCCCGAUCCGAUCGUUUUAGUUUGAGUAUCUGCCGAUCCCGAUAUUUCCCGAUCCGAUUGCUUUUUUUUUUUUUUUGCUCCCGAUUCAAUUCCAAUCAUUCCCGAUAAUUUUUCCCGAUCAUAUACAUUUUGGCAAUGCAUUAAGAAAAAAAUGAAUAAAACUCGGACGAAUAUAUACAUUCAACAUACAGUACAUAAGUACUGUAUUUGUUUAUUAUGACAAUAAAUCCUCAAGAUGGCAUUUACAUUAUUAACAUUCUUUCUGUGAGAGGGAUCCACGGAUAGAAAGACUUGUAAUUCUUAAAGGAUAAAUGUGACCUUGUAUAUUGUGACUAAAUAUUGCCAUCUAGUGUAUUUGUUGAGCUUUCAGUAAAUGAUACUGUAGCCAUGCCCAAAUGCAUGAUGGGAAGUGCAACCAUGACUGUGCGUAGUGGCACCAAUUGAUAUAUCUUCUCUGCGUUGGAAAACAACAUAGGGUGUUAAGAAAAAGAUCAACUACUACCUUUCUUCCCCACAUUGCUUCCCACGGCAUUUUUAAUUGUUGAGAGAGGGAUUUUAAGGCUUUAGCCAAUGAAAAAAAGGCUCCAAAGACUGCCAAAAUUCACUCUACUCAUUUUACGCUGCCUUUUAACUCUAUAUAUAGGUAAAACGGCGCCAUUAUAGAUUGAACGCGACAAUGUGUGAGUGGAUCGUGCAGCGCAUGCGUUAAUUGCGUUAAAUAUUUUAACGUGAUUCAUUUUAAAAAAAAUUAAUUACCGCCGUUAACGCGAUAAAUUUGAUAGCCCUACUUUAAGCCAAAACUAAAGACUCUGGAUGAGUGUAAGACAUAUUGUCUGUAACAUUAAAUACAAUUAGAAAACGAUUUAAUUAAAAAAUAUACAUAUAAUAAAAGGCAUGUCCGAUAUUUUUUUGCCAAUUUCGAUACAUUGAAAAUGACGCGAUCCCGAUCGAUCGGGACAUCUUUAAUCUUUACCAUUUAUACAUUCAAUUUGUCUAAAUGGUACCUCCCAUUAUUAUACUAAUAUCUGCUUAUUUUUAAAUUUACUCACUGUUAACGUCAACAAAAUUGACAUCUAUAUACAGUGCUGGCCAAAAGUAUUGGCACCCAUGCAAUUCUGUCAGAGAAUGCUCAAUUUCUCCCAGUAAAUGACUGCGAUUACAAAUGCUUUGGGAGUAAUAUCGUCAUUUGUUUUGCUUGCAAUGAACAAAACUCAAAGGACAAUGGGGAAAAAAAUUAAAUCGUCAUCAUUUCAUGCCAAACUCCAAAAAUGGGCCGGACAAAAGUAGUGGCAUCCUUUGAAAAAUCAUGUGAUGCUUCUCAAAUUUGUGUAAGUAACAGCACCUGUUACUUACUUUUGGCACAUAACAGGUGGUGGCACUAACUAAAUCACACGUGCACCCAGUUAAAAUGGAUUAAAGUUAACUCAACCUAUGUCCUUGUGUGUACAUUGAGGACGCCCACACGUCAACAACACCGGCACGCCGGAGAUGGUCCGCAGUCAAUCCGAAACACUGACGCGGCCGGUAUACGUUGAACAAUAGGAUAUAAAUGGAACGAUUGGCCCCGGCGCUAUUUUUUGCCGGACCUGGAACGAAGAUGCAUUUUACGCAGUUGGUAACAAGGAAUCCGGACUUUUAACAGCACGUCUGCCGCACGCGCGCACGCACGUAAGGCGAUAAAUUUCAGCGGAGAAAAUUACCACCUUCAUUUUUAUUUAUCGUGCGAUAAAUGGAAUUAUUGCAUAUUGCGACAGGCUUAACCCUGAGAGAUCUGCAGGGUGGAAGGCAACAUAAAUAGUCUGAAAUAUCAACAAAUCUUAACUGCCUAUUACAUUACCAACCACAAAAAGGGACAAAUUCUGCAGCAAGAUGGUGCUCCAUCGCAUACUUCAAGCUCUACCUCAAAGUUCCUCAAGGCAAAGAAGAUCAAGAUCCUCCAGGACUGGCCAGCCCAGUCACCAGACAUGAACAGGAUGAAAGAGGCAGCAUGGAAGACGAAACCCAAGAAUGUUGAUGAACUCUGGGAGGCAUGCAAGACUGCUUUCUUUGAUGUUCCUCAAUAAAGUGUAUGAAUCUUUGCCGAACCGCAUGGAUGCAGUCCUUCAAGCCCAUGGAAGUCAUACAAAAUAUUAAAUUUGGAUCUCACAGCACCACUACUUCAUUCGCUUAUUUUUAUUGUAUUUGAAGUACAUUUUUUGUUCAAUUUUCACACUACUUUCUGUAGGCGACAAAACUUUUGUCUUGCCAAAAUUUGACCUUUAAGUCUUCAUUCAAUGAUCAAUACUUUUUCAGUGAAACAAAUAUAUUUUUGUACAUUCAACAUCAUUUGGGAGGGUCUUAGCUUUCACAUGAGCCAUUUCUGAAACCAAUUGAAUCAUUAAAAGUUUUAGGGCCCGAGCACCAACAGGUGCAAAGGCCCUAUUGUUCUGCGCCCUAUUGUUCUGCAAAGGAUUAUUAUUCUUUUUUCAUGGCAAAUGAAAUGAAAUGGAGGUCUUAAGAUGCUCAAAAACUCACCAAAAUUUGCAUGCGGAUUCACGAAAAUUUCCAUAAUUUGGCAACGUUGUGAAAAAAUGUCAAAAAAAGGCUCAGUGGCGCUCCCUGGAGUUUUUAUAAAAGGCCUCUCCAUUUUGGUUUUUUCAACGUAGAGCGAGGAAAUUUGGGAAGUCGAUACCUUGUGAAAAAAAUGCUUCAAAAGUCUCUUGCAACCAUAUUCCAAACCCAACAGGAAAUCAGGUAUUUUGGAUUUAAUAUUGAAAAACAUGCCAUUUUUGUCGAAAACCAGGGUGCACGUUUGAGACCAUUGCGCCGAGGCAGUUAGUUGGAUCCUCCUCAAAAUUGGUGAGACUCUUCAUGUGACAUAUGAGAUGUUAUCAAAAUGGUGAGUUUUCAUUCACGGGCCUGACCUGGGCGGAGUGCCAAAAUCGGGUUUAUUUGGGGAUUAGGGUGAGGGUUUAGGGUUAGGAUACCUUGUGAAAAAAUGCUUCAAAAGUCUCUUGCACCCAUAUUCCAAACCCAACAGGAAAUCAGGUAUUUUGGAUUGAAUAUUGAAAAACAUGCCAUUUUUGUCGAAAAUCAGGGUGCACGUUUGAGACCAGUGCGCCGAGGCAGUUAGUUGGAUCCUCCUCAAAAUUGGUGAGACUCUUCAUGAGCCAUAUGAGAUGUUAUCAAAAUGGUGAGUUUUCAUUCACGGGCCUGACCUGGGCGGAGUGCCAAAGUGGGGCAAAUUUGGGGAUUAGGGUUAGGGUUUCUUCAGGGCAAAUGAAAAUGGCCAAUUUGAAGUUCUGAACAUGCUCGAAAACUCACCAAAAUUUGCACAUAUCAAAUUGGUGAGUUUUCAUUCACGGGCCUGACCUGUGUGUGGCGUUUUUUUGUUUGUUUUUUUUGCGUGUGUGUUAGGGUUAGGGUCAGGGCUUAGGGUUCACACUCUGCUACUUCUUCUGUGGGAGAAAAAAAUACUAUGUACUUUUCAAUUAGAUAAAUUGGUUCAUCUGAUGACAGCAGUGAAUAACUGCUUUGACUCAUUAAGGAUGUUACUUCACACUCUGCUACUUUAUCUGUAGGAGAAAAAAAAGAUCCAAAAUCCAUGGGGUGCCAAAGUCGGACAUUUUUUUGACAAAACACCAAAUUCAGAAAAUGACUAAUAACUCCCCCAUACAACGUUCAAUCUUUUUCAUAUUUGGCAUGUACGUGAUGUAUCCCAGCCUGAACUCGACUUCAUUGAAAUAUCACCCAUUAGGCCUGGCGCCCCCGGCUGGGAACAGGAAAUGGCCUUUUUUACAAGACCGACUCCUCCUGGAAGGGAAAAAAACCUAAUGACCCCCAAAAAAAAUCACCGAAAAGAAAUUGGAGAAAUCAACACAGGACUCCCGAGGGCCUGUUGAGUCCUGCUUAAAGGGCUAGUUAGCAAUUGUUUCUACAAAAUGGAUAACCGACAAGACUUUUGUCAGGGACUUAUGUAUUGAUCAUAAUAAAAGUCUUAACAACUGGGUAGGCUCUCUGGGAACACGUCACAUAGGCAGCGCAGUACCGUAGUAUUCUGUGCAAAGCGUCAGUCAAUUUCAACACACGCUAAUUGGUCCCGUGAAAAAUAAUGAAAACCGGACAUUUUCAUGAAUUUACAAAAACCCUGUCGGACGCCCCUGACAAGAUUUAAAAAGUGGACAUAUCCGGGCAAAUGAGGACGUUUGGUCAGGGUCUUUUCAAGGUUUUCAAGGCUUGCGGGUAAUACUUUAGAAAGAUCCUACGGGCGA